AUGUACUGUGAUAGUGUUUCAGAAUUUGAUCUCAGACUCUUGGAAUCGAUACGUCGGUAUCUAUUAGAAGAUGAUUUUGAUACAAACCCCAGACAGGUUGUGGAAAAUGUAGACAAGAAUGGGCUUCAUGUUCAUGAUGAUGCGAUUAAAGUUGAUCAAUGGAUAAUCUUUGAUCAGUCGUUUGAUGUAGCGGAGAAGAGAGUCGGUGUUAAUAAUGCUUCGUUUCCCAGCUUCGAAGUGAGCUUUCGGAAGGAGACUGGUGCAGCUGUCCCUAAACCUCACGCCCUGCCGAAGGAGGUACAUUAUAGGGGAGUAAGGAGAAGGCCGUGGGGGACAUAUGCAGCGGAGAUAAGGGAUCCGAAACGAAACAGUGCGAGGAUCUGGCUUGGUACUUACGAGACCCCCGAGAGUGCUGCCCUAGCUUACGAUCGAGCUGCCUUUAAAUUUCGAGGCGCCAAAGCAAAGCUGAAUUUUCCACACCUAAUCGGCUCGAAUCAGGUAGAGCCGGCGAGAGUGAGCAGUAACAAGCGAAAAUCCCCUGAGCCGUCCUCCACUAGUUCAUCGGCUCAGUUACUAUCAUCUCCGUUGUUCACUUUAACGUCGGAUGACGAAACUCCGAAGUCGAAACGGAAGCGAAGUGAGAUUAAGUUUUCGAGUUUUGAAACCGAGUUUGAAGUAGACAUGCAUCAGUUGAUGAUGCAAACUGAAUUUUGCCAAACCCUUAUCUACUAA